UGUUUCGUUAGUAUUAGCAGUAAUUUCGAACAUACCAGGUACAGUGGUAAGAAUUUUGUGGACGACAAUGUCGAAUAUCACAAGUGCAACAGGAUUAUUGGAAGCACGUAUUCAACCAAUACGUCGUCUUAAAACUAAGCGUGUAGAACUUUCAGGAAUUUCUAAACCAGCUCCUCUUAUACUUCGACCCUUUUCUGGUCUCUUUAAUCCAUACCCUUAUGGUUGUUCUGUACUGUGUAAUCAUCCAGCUGACUGCGAAGCCAAAGAAGUACUGCGACGAGCUAAAGAUUCAUGGGCCACCGAAGGCAAAGCUCUGCUGCUACCAGAAGAAAUGGACAUGAUUAGGGCAAGUGUAGCGGCAGCUACUGGCACUGCAGACAUGGCUGGACCGACCGAAAACAUGGAGGGAUUUAACGUGGACACAGCCGCCGUUCCAGAGGAAUUAUUUCGCAAAUACACCGAGACCGAUUCCAGACCACUGACACCUGCACCUACGCUUGCCAGUGGGCCUGCGUUGACCAACAGACCUCAAGAUGAUCUGCCAGCGACCUGCAAUCCUCAAGAACGAACCACUUUGAUCUUGGACCUCAGGGCAAACUCAAAGAAACAGAUGGAAAAUGAAACUUUUACUUGGCAUGCUUUGACUCUAGAACCACCGCCAACUUCUCGUAAAGCCAGAAUCGUUGCACCAAAAUCAUUCGUUCGACAUCGAUCACGUUCACCGAAGCCGUUGGCGGACGUGUCAUCUUCGAGUCCACGUGAAGAAAUAUAUGAGCCGAAUGUUUCAUUCAUCAAGAGUUCAAGUAGAGUCGUAGAAGAGGAAAAUACAGGAAGAACAAACAAGGAUCUCGGAAUCAUUCGCCGGAGAGGGAAACGCCUGCGUAAAGGGAAGAAUCGCAGCGGUUCAACUUACAGGCAACACACAGAAGUCCACGAUUUGUUGGAACCAACAGAAACUCAAAUAUCGCAUAUAGGGGAUGGUUCCAGAAGGACUUCAGUUCAUACAACGAAUGAGGACACAGAAAAUCCGUCAUUGACUCCCAAGAAGAUAACUACAACAGUACCUCCCGCGACGCCUGUCAGUUUCAUCGAUAUAGACAUUUUAAAACACUUACUCCGAGAGUUAGAUCGGGACAAAGUGGAAGCAGAAUUCUCACUUAAGAGGAGACUUGCGUUAGAGGAAGCUCUGCGAGCUAAGGGCGAAGGCUAUUCACGUACAAGAGGACAUCAAGCAUUCUCGAACUCUAAAGUAGCAAAUACACCAAGAGUAUUUUCCCGUCAAGUGGUUCGCUUCGAAAUCCUUGACGGAGGGAGUCUACGCAAUUUAACAGUUUCGGAUUACCUCGGCAAACACGUUUCCAUUUCAUCCGGAAGGAAAUUGAUCUUCGGUAGAGCUUUCAAUAAAUUUCAAGAGGAUGCGUUACGAACCACCAGAUACAUUUUACCCGAUGACAUUCGCGAAGCUCUUCAAGACGUUAUCGGAAAGCCGAUAACCGAUGAACAAGAGGCCUACUUGAAGUCUGUGAUCGGCGAGAUCAAUGAGUCCUUAAAUUUUAGAAGUUGGUGCGGCUUGUGCGGUGCGGUGGAACGAUUAUUGUGUCCCCUUCCACACAAAGACGUCGACCCAGCGUCAUGGUUGGAAAGAGUCGACUUCGAGGCUCUGGAACGGAGACUUAAUUCCGUUGAUGUGGAUCCUCAAUUAGCUAGAUUUUUAAAAGAAAUUCGGGACAAGUGAAACAAUUAACAGUAGAAGUACUGUAACAGUUAAAAUGACUGGUUUCGAUUUUUUUGUUUAGUAAUUAUUGAUAUUUUAAAGGCAUUAUCAUUCCAAAUGAUUUUGAAAAUAAAUAGUUUCACUUGAGUACUAUAAUGAAUGUCUGAAGGAACUGAAAAUAAUCUAUUAUUACAAUUUUUAUAGGGAUUACAUUAUUAAUUGUAUUAAAUGCUCGGUAGUUCUAGUGUUAAUGAAUAUGUCUUUAAGUGGUAAAACAAUUGACAAAAGCGGUCAAAUAACAUAGCUGUAUGACUUCAUAAAAUGUUUGCAAAUGUGUACCAAUGUUUGUGACAGAAUUUGUACUUAGAGUAUUCAUGUAACGAGUAUUCACUUGCGUUUGUUUUCAAUUCAGACUAUGUUUAGCACAAAAAGUUUUAUAAGUUAUUUUUUAGUAUAUCUUUGUAAAACAUAUACUUACCUAAUAUUGAGAAUUUCCGAAAAUAAGUUACUAAUAUGAUUCAAAACUAAUAGAAGUUCGUUUUCUGUGUAAUAGUUAUAAUAACUGAUUUUUUCAAUUAAUGAUCGUUAUCACUAUCACAAGAACUGUCAUUAUUUUCGUUUGAUUUUUGAUGAUAGUGUGUUGUAAUAUUUUAAAUGUUUAAAUUAAAGAAUCAAUCAGGUGACAAUAAGCAAAGUAAAAGAGAUCUAGCAUACUAGAAGACUUAUUGCUAAUAACAUUAAAAUUCUCCAUUGCUUUUACAUAUAUAAAUGAAGUUCCUUUAUUUAUUAUAUCUUAUUAUCGGAUGGCUCGUUUGGUAUAAAAGAAAAACAAAAUUAUGUCAGUAACAAUUUUUAUUGUCAGUAAUAAUUGCUAAAAUAGUUGUCAAAAACAGUUUGUCAUAUUCUAUGUCCGACAUUCUGUAUAGUGAUAACGAAUGAGUCGUAGAAAACAAUUUGAAAGAUAUUUUCCUUACACAUGUAUAAAAAAAGGUUAUACAUGCAGUGCAAUACUAUAAUAGUCGUCAUUCAAGAUUUCUAAAGAUAAACGAGUCUUCACUAUGGUUGCUGUACAACACUGUGUAAAAGAAGUAAAGGACAAUGAUUGCUUUUUUCAUAAUAAUAUCAA